CAGAUUCAACGAAUAAAGGACCGAAGCCCAGACUCGAUGGAAUCGUACAUAUUUCAUUCUUUACAGCAUCCCGAAAUAAAUACGGACGAUUCCCUAGAGUGGUCAAUUGAUGAUAUUGUGAUUCCCAAUAUCUCUGAUUCUGAAACCAUCUUGCAACUAGCAAAACUAGCGUCCAAUGCGUACGCCAGGCUACCGGCUGACCCAAGCUGGAGGGACGUCAGCGACCCCGAUUCGAACUUUGGGAAGGCUUUCAACGACAGUGACGGUUUUGGGUGGACAGAAAGUGGACUACGAGGUCAUGUUUUUGUGGAAAGUAUAGACGAGGGUAAGUUUGAAAGGUCUCCUUUGAUCAUUAUUGCGAUAAAGGGCACCAGUGCCGCAGGUUUGGGAAGUACCGGCGACGACGGCCGCACGGUAGAGAUGGACAAGUUCAACGACAACUUGCUAUUUUCAUGUUGCUGUGCCAGAGUCUCCUCGCUAUGGACUACUGUCUGCGACUGCUAUGAGAAGGCCUACACCUGCAACCAAAACUGUCUCGAAAGGUCGUUGAGAAACCCAGACCGGUACUACAAAGCCGUGUUGGAUAUCUAUCGCAAUGUUAGGGAACAGUAUCCGGAGAACGAAGUAUGGGUGACAGGCCAUUCGCUGGGAGGAGCGUUGAGCUCCCUGCUUGGGAGAACGUAUGGGCUUCCUGCGGUGACGUUUGAGGCUCCGGGAGAGAUGUUGGCAACAAAAAGAUUGCAUUUGCCAAUGCCCCCGGGACUUCCUGCCGAGAUGGAGCAUAUAUGGCACUUUGGCAAUAAUGCGGACCCGAUUUUUAUGGGAGUUUGCAACGGCGCCUCUUCCAGCUGUGGAAUCGCCGGUUACGCCAUGGAGUCUGUUUGCCACUCUGGGUUGAAAUGUGUCUACGACACUGUCACCACCUUGGGCUGGCACGUGAACAUAUUGAAUCAUCGUUUGAAAACUGUCAUCGACAAGCUCUUGAUGAUGUCGAAUGAAACUGCACCGUGCGUGAAGCCACCACCGUGCUUAGACUGCUACGACUGGACCUUUGUUGACCAUUCGCAUAACCGGAAACGUGUGACGAAGUCGAUCUCGCAUCCAUCGCCAACCAGUUCUACAUUGUCCAGUACUUCAGGAACGAAAAAGCGCAAAUGCUUGAAGAGAACGUGGUAUGGUUCAUGCUACAAGUGGUCCGAUGAC